AUAAUUUUCGAGGUACUAACGAUAUGAUGCGCGGUAAUUUGUAAUAUGAAAUUGCCUCCAUUUUUGCUUAGUAAAUGCAUUUGCCGCAGAAGGGCGCGCAAGAGCAAUUACGCCUGCACUGAACUGAAUAUAAAUAUUUGUAACGUUAUGGUUGAUUUUUGGUGGCAUUUUUUAAAAAAUCUUACAUUGUAUAAAUAAAUUGAUACGUAUAUGAGAUAAAUCUUAAAACACAUCAAUAAUGUCGAAAGAAUUGGUAAACAUUGACGGAAAUGUAAAAAGAGUUCAGAAAGAAAAUUUAACCCCAUACAAAGUUGCAAUUGUUAUGUUGAUAAAAGAAUAUUGUAAUGAAAGUCGUAAAGCUAUUGUGGUGAGACGUGAUUUUUGUUUAGCAGCAGUAAAGUUAAUUCAGUCACCUGAUAUGGAAAUGUAUACUUUAUUACAUAUGUUGUAUAGCAGUGAACAUAUUUAUUCAUUUGGACACGAGCUAGAACUUCAAUUAAAUACAUUAAUAGACAAAGGCAUUGAGGGAUUCUUAGAUUUAUUUGAUAGUCUUGGAAGAUUAAUGAAAUCUACAUUAGAUCAUGCUAUUUCAGUGCCUUUAUUGAAUAAAAAUUCUGUUCUUGGAUUAUAUGUCAGAAGAAUAAUUAUAUUUUUUGAAAAGUUGCCAUUCGAUCAAGCAGUUUUGCUAUACGAAGAUCUUAAGAACUAUGUUAAGAAAAAGUCUAGAAGCCCUGAGAAUACUGAUAUUUCAUCUUGUUUAAAAUUGGAUGAACCUUAUAUUUAUAAUAAUAAAAGUACUACUGUAUGGAGUGGAAGGCAAGCAGAAUUACUCGUUGCACAACAAGCACAUGCAUUAAAAAUGGACGAACAUAAGGCUAUGUCGCCUGUUGAUCUACAAAUUCUUAUAAGAAAACUUCUACGUUCUAGUCCAUAUUAUGCGGAUGCUCAUUAUCUGAGCUAUUUGAAUUGUUUACGUAUAAACGAAUACUGCAGCGCAAUAGAUAGCCUUUAUCAUUGUUUCGACAGAUUAGCACCAUCAGAAAGUCGUUCUACACCCGAAGAUAAGUCUCGGACACUGAGAUAUGCCGCUUUAAAUCUUGCAGUACUUCAUGCUCAUUUUAAUCAUAAGAAAGUAGCCGAGGAAGCUUUGAAAGAAGCUAUUAUGAUAGCACAAGAAGCAGGAGACAAUGUUUGUUUACAGCUAGCGCAUGCUUGGAUGUACUAUCUCACCAGCGAAAAAAAAGGUCCUCUUAUAGAAAGAUCUCUGGGAAAAGCAAGUAUAUUAGGAAUUACAUAUACCACGGGUCUAGGGCUCAUUGCUCUUUCCCAUUAUUCUGCUUUAGAAUCUAAGCCACCCUCACAAAUUUUUGAGACAUUAAUGAAAUCAGAUGUGUUGAAUUGUCAACAUUCUAUGAUUGAUCUAAUGUCAUUAACUUAUUCCGAAAAAUCAGCACUCUGGGCAUAUUAUGGAAAGAUGGAACUUUCGUCGGUUUGUGCACAACUUCUUCUUCUACAUAAUGCAGGAAAUAAAAAGCAAAAUAUAUUCAAUGGAACUUCAACUUGUCAAGCAGUAGUAAAUGUUGCAAACAUAUUAGUAGAGUUUGGCGAAUAUGAUCUUGUUGACAUUAUAUUAGCUCAUGCAAAAGAAAGAUUCCCCAAUUAUCCAUCAAAUAAGAUGUGGAUGUUGUGUGAACAAUUAUAUGAAUUUACAAAAAUGAUGAGACGCGAAAAGUGGAGCGAAGCUGAUGCAAUAGCUUUUCGUAUAUCUAGUUUAGAUCCAUUGGAAUCUAAAUUUAGGCAAGCGGAGGUUUCUUUAGCCAAAGGAGACUAUCCAAAUACUUUGCAUUUAAUCGAUAAUAUUGAAAAGAUUUCUAAUAUAACACCAGAAAAUCGAGUACGUGCUAUGAUUCUUCUGAGUCAAAUAAUGUGCGUAUCUUUCUUGUCGGGAAACGAAACCGUGGGAAUUAAUUCUUUAGUGAUUCUUAACAAAGCAUUAGAAUUAGCUACUCAUAACUAUUUAUCCUAUUACGAAGCUCUUAUCAAGAUGCAUCUUGCGAAUAUACAAUUACUCAUGGGAUUACCUUCAUUAGCAAUGAACUUAGUUGAUGAAGCUAUCACGCAUACUUUAGCUCAUGGUGGAUGUUACGAACAAGGGAGAGCACUUAUUUUAUAUGCUAAAUGUUUAGUUGGUACUGCUACUUCAACUUCGACAAAGUUACGAAAGGAAAUAAUUUUAAAUGCUAUAAAAGCGUUGUCUAAAGCAAGACAUCACUUUAACAAAGUUGAAGCUUUUGGUAAAAUACGCAGUGUAUUGAGUUUACAAAGUAUAAUGUACAAUGAAAUAGACAUGAAAUUUGAACGAAAUCAGUGUUCAUUUGAAUUGCGCCAGUUUGAAGAACAAUUUCCUACUAAAUUGGACAACAUUUGUUUAUAUUAAAACGAAAUAGACGUAUUAUGUUGUAAAAUAA